UCUUAUAUUAUCCAUCUCUAGUCCUAAAAGUGUCAUGAAAUCACAUAGCCUAUCUACGAAUUUGUUCAUCAAGUAGAGAAGGGAAAGCGGAGGAGAAAAACACCACGUAUUAAGCAAAAACCAAUGAGAAAACCCAUUUUCUAUAUAUAAAUCUAUGUGUAUUUGCAUGCAUAUGUGUGUACAUAUAUAGCUCUCUAAACCCUUUUUGCGUCUGUUUGUUUUCAAACCCUCCCGCGAAGCGAAUUCUGCAGUUCUCGAUUUCCCCCAAAUUUCCUUCAGCGAAUUCAAUUAGCUGAGGGAAAGAUAGCUUCUUUGGCAAGAAAUACUCGAUUCAAGUCAUUCGAUUCGUUUUGAAUUGGAUCUUUAAUUGGGGUGUUGAAUUUGGGUAGAUCUGAAUUUUGGUGGCUUACUUCUUCUACUUUUGGUUUGAUUGGGCUUAAGUUAAUUCGGUUCAGUUGAAUGGAGGACGCGAGUAAACAGAGCCUCGAUGGGUUAACCCCCGUCCCAUCUGCCGGUGAUGGAGCUGUCGAGCUGCACAACUUAACUGAACAGCAACUUUCACCAAAAGAUGAAAGGGUUGCUUCUGCAAAUCCUUCUCCAGAUGCCAUCUCAGAAGCCCCAAGAAGCACCAAAAAUCAGCCUGCAAUUUCAGAAACAAGUGGAGCUCUUACCAAUAUGCAUCCAUUCAACUCAUAUACACCUCCAGAACAGGCUUAUUACUUUGGAGGUUAUGAGAAUGGCAGUGGUAACUGGGAUGAACAUUAUGUUAAUGCGAACAACUUGCAUGUCAUACCUCCGGGAAUGUACAAUGAUAACUCCUCGCUCUUCUUUCCCCCGGGCUAUGGCUUUGACUCCCAGAUGGCAUAUGGACAGUUCUCCCCACUUGCUAGCCCUCUAUCUCCAAUAAUGAUUGAUGGUCAGCUGUUUUCUCCACACCAAAUGCCAGUGAAUCCUCCUUACUAUCCAUCUGCUGUUUCGCCUGGCCCACCACAUGUUACCUCAGCAGUUCCAGCUUCACAGACUGAACUAGUCCCAUCAGGAAGUAGCAGCCAAGAAAAUCUUAUCGACAAUGCAUUUUUUGGGCCAGGAUCUGGUUACUAUCUACCAUUUGGAUCUUUUGGUGGAGGAGAUCUCUCUGGAAGCAGUGGCCUUGGUGUUUACAAGUUCCCGGGCGAUUUUGGAUCCAGCGACCCGUUGCCAAGUCGCUCAAGUUCCUUAGAUACUAGCAGGUUCAUGUCUCCAUUAACUUCUGGAACUGUAUACCCUCAACCUAUUGGCAUACUUGGAUCCUAUGAGCAAAAUGUUGGACAGCAGGCACAAUUUCAGGGUUUUGGGUUACCGUCAAACUCUCAUGCUAGACAUCUUUCCCAUGGUGGUCCUUACCAAAGUGCUAUUGGGCCUAGUUCUAACCGUAAUCGAUUUUAUGCUGACAAAGGUGGAAGACGUGAAAGGGAUCGAGACACUGUCAGUAUUUCUACUGAUGCACUUGGUAUCUCAGGUGAUCGGAACCGAGGACCUAGGGCUUCAAAGCCCAAAAGCAAGAGCUUGCCUGAAGAGAGCUCUUUGGCUGGCAUUAAGGAUGUUGAGUCUACUUCUGGGUUUCAUAUACAUAAUUUUAACUCCCCGGACUUCAUAACCGAUUAUGAACGUGCAAAAUUUUUUGUUAUUAAGUCUUUCAGUGAGGAUAACAUCCACAAAAGUAUAAAAUACGGUGUUUGGGCCAGCACACCACUUGGAAACCGAAAACUAGAUGCUGCCUAUCGCGAAUCAAAGGAAAUGGAAGGCAUUUGUCCGCUGUUCCUCUUGUUCUCAGUUAAUGCUAGUGGACAGUUUUGUGGUGUAGCUGAGAUGGUUGGGCCUGUUGACUUUGAGAAUGAUGCUGAUUACUGGCAGCAGGAUAGGUGGAGUGGUCAGUUUCCUGUGAAAUGGCAUAUUAUCAAAGAUGUACCCAACAGUCGCUUCCGCCAUAUACUUCUUGAGAAUAAUGACAACAAGCCUGUCACGCACAGUCGAGAUUCACAAGAGGUGAAACUCGAACAGGGAAUAGAAAUGUUAAGAAUUUUCAAGAACCAUGAUGCUGAUACAUCCCUUCUUGAUGAUUUCAACUUUUAUGAUGAGCGGGAGAAAACUUUGUUGGAGAGGAAGGCAAAACAGCGAGCCAGCUCAACUGGAAAUACAGCAGCUACACUUGCUACUGAAUCAAUAAAUCAACUGUCAGAUAACCUGGCGGAAACUCUCCGUCUGGGUGGUGGUAAGAACCUUUCCAAGAUGGAACCGGAGUAGCUCCGGUGUUCAGAUGGUAGCAGACUGCAACUGCUUGUAGUUGAGAAUUUGUAUUGGAAGUUGCUGACUGGGAUCAAUGAGGUGAUAUUUUCAUUCAUCUAAAGCUUACCAUCUUUGCUUGCACUCUGUCUGCUGCCUCUUUUUUAUCUAAAUUGCUGUGUUUUUCUUAGUAGUUGGUUGUUAUUUGGAAUUCUUAGGUACAGCAGUCUGACAUUCCUCACUUAUUUUUCUUUUUCUCCUUCUUUUGCCCCUUCAUUUAUUGCCCAACUAUUUCUUGUUAAGAUAGGUGGUAUUUGGCAUAGGGGAUUACAGGUCUCACAUGCCUGGUGCUCACCAGUUGUACUUUAGUUUUUCUUCAUUUUAGUGCAGGGCGAUUAUUUUCGGUUGCCAUGCAGUAGCAAUUUGUAUAAGCCUCAAAAUAGGUGGCAGUUAAUUGAAGGAAUGCAGCUACAUGAUUACAGAAAACAAAUGAGUAGUUGUUCCUUGUUAAAUAACUGAUAUUCUGAAUGAAGCAUAAACUAUGUACCAUUUCUGUACC